UUGAGUUACAAGGAGAAACUGUAGGACAAUUGGCCGUAGGGAACGAGAAGAUGGUCGCCGGACGCUGGGGAUAGUCCUCCCUCUCUCUCUCUUCAUUUUUCUUCCACUUUCAAAGCCUUGCUUUCUCAGCUCAAAAAUUAAAUCCCUCAAAUCUUCUCAUAAAAUAUCAGUUAAAUCAGUUAUCUCCGUCAAUCUGAAGUAAAUUAAGGAGAAGAAGCGGAAGAAGAUGGGAACAUUGGGGAAAGCAAUCUACUCCGUUGGAUUCUGGAUCCGAGAAACCGGCCAAGCCCUCGAUCGCCUUGGUUGCCGCCUCCAAGGCAACUACUACUUCCAAGAACAGCUGUCGAGGCAUCGGACGCUGAUGAACGUAUUCAACAAAGUUCCUGUUGUUGAUAGGGAUGCCUUUGUGGCACCUAGUGCUUCUAUCAUCGGCGAUGUUCAGGUUGGACGAGGUUCGUCUAUCUGGUAUGGUUGUGUUUUGAGAGGUGAUGUCAAUAGUGUGAGUAUUGGGUCUGGAACAAAUAUACAAGAUAAUUCCCUUGUUCAUGUUGCAAAAUCUAACUUAAGUGGGAAGGUUUUACCAACUAUUAUUGGAAGUAAUGUUACUGUGGGUCAUAGUGCUGUUUUACAUGGAUGUACUGUUGAGGAUGAAGCAUUUGUUGGUAUGGGGGCUACCCUAUUAGAUGGAGUUUAUGUUGAGAAGCAUGUCAUGGUUGCUGCUGGAGCUCUUGUGAGGCAGAACACUAGGAUCCCAUGCGGAGAGGUUUGGGGAGGUAAUCCAGCCAAGUUCCUAAGGAAGCUAACAGAAGAAGAGAUGGCCUUCAUUUCCCGGUCAGCCCUAAAUUAUUCCAACUUAGCACAAGUUCAUGCAGCAGAAAAUGCAAAGGGCUUUGACGAAAUUGAGUUUGAGAAGGUGCUUCGCAAGAAAUUUGCUCGACGUGAUGAGGAAUAUGAUUCAAUGCUCGGGGUUGUUCGUGAGAUGCCUCCUGAGCUUAUCCUUCCUGAUAACAUUCUUGCUGAUAAAGUGCCAAAAACAGCUUAGGAGUUGAUAAUUCCUUUCUAGGUUACUUUUCUUGAGAUUGACUGUCACCGGAUAUUUUGUUAUCUGCGGAUUUACAGAGAAUGGCUGCUUUUCAGUUCCAAUAAUUUUUGGGGGCGCUGUGGCUGAAGUGUUAAAAAUUGAAUCAUGGUUCCCGCUUAUCCUUCUGGCUGGCUUUGGAAGUUGAACUUCAAUUUGCAACCACAUCUUGGAUGUGCACAGUCAUCCAAGUGGUUUUGUGUAUUUGUACUUGACCUCAAUUGCUUUGCUUAUGUUUACCAGCAAUAAAGAAUGUCCUAACUGCUAUUUCAAA